UCGUGUGGUCGCGCGUGCACGUCGUCCGUAGGCGAAUGCGGCGCAGAGCUCGAGGAGAAGAAACAGGGCUGAUGAACCGGCGGAGUCGGAAGUGACUUUGUUUGUUGUGGAGCUCAGUCUUAAUCCGUGAACGUUUUUGCUGCACUGUCAACGAAAUACGUUUAAUACAGAAAGAUGAAAGGAAAAACACAGUGUUGAAAAUUUUCUGUGAGGUGAGCGACGCCAGACCCGGAGCGAGCGUCCGUCCUGCCGUCCGUCUGUCCUUCAAAGAGCUGCUGAGCACGCUGAGGAUUGUCUACAAGCUCCCUGCCUGGGGCAGAGACAGCGCCCCUGUACACCUGCCAUAAUGGUGCUGUCACAGAGGCAACGAGAUGAGCUAAACCGAGCGAUAGCGGAUUACCUCCGAUCAAAUGGCUACGAAGAGGCGUAUUCUGUUUUUAAGAAGGAAGCCGAGUUAGAUAUGAAUGAAGAACUAGACAAGAAGUAUGCAGGCCUUUUGGAAAAGAAAUGGACCUCGGUCAUUAGAUUACAAAAGAAGGUAAUGGAGCUGGAGUCCAAGCUUAACGAAGCUAAAGAGGAAAUCACUUUAGGAGGGCCUAUGGGGCAGAAGAGGGACCCCAAAGAGUGGAUCCCUCGCCCCCCGGAGAAAUACGCGCUCAGCGGACACAGGAGUCCUGUCACGCGUGUCAUCUUUCAUCCCAUCUUCAGCGUCAUGGUGUCCGCUUCAGAAGACGCCACAAUUAAGGUGUGGGACUAUGAAACAGGAGACUUUGAGAGAACUCUGAAGGGUCAUACAGACUCAGUGCAGGACAUCUCCUUUGAUCAGUCUGGAAAGCUGCUUGCCUCCUGCUCAGCAGACAUGACCAUCAAACUCUGGGACUUCCAGGGCUUUGAGUGCAUCAGGACCAUGCACGGACACGACCACAACGUGUCCUCAGUAGCCAUCAUGCCGAAUGGUGACCAUAUUGUAUCUGCAUCGAGGGAUAAAACGAUGAAAAUGUGGGAGGUGGCCACUGGUUACUGCGUGAAGACGUUUACGGGACACCGGGAAUGGGUGAGGAUGGUGAGGCCCAAUCAGGACGGCACGCUGUUGGCCAGCUGCUCCAAUGACCAGACAGUGCGCGUGUGGGUCACUGCCACCAAGGAGUGUAAAGCUGAGCUUCGGGAGCACGAGCAUGUCGUGGAGUGCAUCUCCUGGGCUCCGGAGAAUGCCUUCCCUACUAUACUGGAGGCCACUGGCUCGGAGAACAAGAAGAGCGGUAAGCCCGGUCCGUUCUUGCUGUCUGGAUCCAGAGACAAAACCAUUAAGAUGUGGGAUGUCAGUAUUGGCAUGUGCCUUAUGACACUGGUGGGCCAUGACAACUGGGUCCGUGGUGUGCUGUUCCACCCAGGUGGGAGGUUCAUCGUGAGCUGUGCUGAUGAUAAGACCCUGCGCACUUGGGACUAUAAGAACAAGCGCUGCAUGAAGACCUUGAGUGCCCAUGAACACUUCGUUACCUCUAUGGAUUUCCACAAGACCUCCCCGUACGUGGUGACAGGAAGCGUAGAUCAAACAGUUAAAGUGUGGGAAUGCCGCUGAUCCCACUCACCCCUGCCCCUCCUCUGUACCACCACCACCACCACUCCUCCCUGCCACAACACUCGUCCUUCGGGAUGCACUCAUCACCAUGGCUACCGCCCCAUCCAGCGUUCUUCUAAAUAACUAUUGUCCUUUUAUGUAAAUUAUUCUGGAUGUAGUUUGAGCUUAUUAAAUGUUACAUAAGACACCCUCACAAAGAGAGAAAAAAUAAGUUAAGAAAAAAGAAAAACAAGUAUUCUUGCAUGGUGAAUCCCAAACUUGUAUAUUGUAAUUAUCAUUAUUAUUAAUAUUAUUUGCUUACCGUCAUCUUGAAGGGUUAAAGAACAUCAAGCAUCGCGUCACAAAAGGCAGAACAGCCCUUUCUGUGGAAUUCAAAAACAGAGCGCUGAAAACCAGGCGCGCUUUUCUUUCUUUUCAGCUCUGAUGUCAUGAUCCGCUGAUGCUUCAGAAAGAGAGAGGGAGGGAAGAGAGCAAAAAGCUGUUUUUAGUGCAGUCACUAAACCAAAUUAAAACCUGACUGAAUGUUUCUGUCCUCUUAAAGGAACUCCUGUUGAUGUAUUUUAGGUGCUAAAUGCUGUACAGUCAUCAUUAAUUCUAGAGUCGGGAGAUUUUGAAAGUGUCCAUGAACUAAACGGACCUAGACGGACGCUUCAGGCUAAGUCGGCGCAGGAAAACGAGUCCUCGUAUGUUAGGAUUUAAUCGGACAGCAGUUUGGCCCCGUUACAUGAUUCUGUAUAUAUAACGACAGACGAGUAUGUGACGUCGUGGGGGGGGGGGGGAAGCCCUGAGAAGAAUAAGCAGUACGAUAUUAAUCCCCUGACUUAACUUAAGUGCACUUCAUAAAGGAGGUAUAUGAUGUGUGUGUGUGUGUGUGUGUGUGUGUGUGUAUGAAGCAGGUUCUUGGUCCUGCGUGCGCAAAACAUAUCACAGCCCUCUUCAUCGCCAUUUGAUUUUGUCCACCGCUUGGUUGAUUGAUGGCUCAAGGGUAUGAUAGUGUCCAGGAUGAUCUUUAUACAAAAAAAAAAAAAAAAAAAGAUUAUUAUAAAGGUGCUUAUAUGUAAGAAAUUAUUCAAAGCGAGAUUUUCCAAAAGGACACUGAAUUCCACUAUGUUUAAAAGCAGCUAUGUCUCAUAGUUGCUUUUAAACACUCAUUUUAGAUUUCUAGGCUAUUAGGCAACAGGUUUUUAACCCACCACCACCACACAUGGGGGGGGUAGAAGACUACGUAUUGCACAGUCCCAGCUUCAUCAACCUGUUCUGCAGCUGUGACGUGUUAUUCUCUGCUGUCAUAUCGUGUGUGUGUGUGUGUGUGUGCGUGCGCAUGUAUCUGGCUCAGCUGCCACUGAAGGAAGCUUUUCAACGUGUUCUCAGCGGUACUGCUUCGUGUCAUCGUGCGGGACAAGCGACCUAGUCAGGCUGUCGUAAAUCAGGCAGGCUGUUGACGCUAUGUUUCGCAGAUUAUCUCAUCCAUUUAAUUCGCUCUGACAGACCUGCCGAGUCUGGCUGGCUGUCUGUUAACGGUAAAGACGCCUCCUAGCUAGAUCAACAAGUGCAAUAACAUUAGGCCGCUCUGUGUUAACGGACAGAUAUGUACGAGUUGCGUGUGCACGUUUCACGCACACGUAGUGAAAACCAACCUUUGUUGUGAUGGAAUUUUUCUUUUCAAAAACAAACGUGAAGUGAAGAAAUCCUCCCCUGGAUAGUGUUAAGGGACUCUUGAUCUUAAGGGAGUUCUGUAGGAGGUGCACGCGGUUGUAAUAUUUUAACGGUGGUUGUACAGGCCUGGCCUCUGCUAUUCCAAAGCUGUGUAUGUAGUAUCAGUGGACAUGUGAAAGGAUCUUAGAGCUUCGCUGUAUGUGCAGUAGGUUUGUGCAUUCAGUUAGCUCACAGUCCAGUCGUUUGCUCUCUAUGCCUUGUUAAUAUACCGAAGCCCCCCUUUGACGUAAAGACCUUAUUCUGUUUUUUGUGAUCUCACUGUUCACACACUCACAUAUACACUGACAAAAUAUAAGUUGUGUACCAAUAUAUCUGGAUGUCAUUGUUUGCAACAUAAUUAAGAGUAAUAAAAACUGUAAAUAUAAAGCAA